AUGGUCAAUUAUGGGCCAUCAGGAGCAUGCCUCGCAUGCAAAGAAAAGCGUAAGAAGUGUGACAAAGGGCGUCCUGAUCUGGAAGUGGAGAUUUCUCAGUCUCCUCCAUCCCAUUCACAUUCCCCCAACAAAGUGUCACAGAAGUUCAGUCUUCUGUGUACACCGCUAUUCAACCAGUCAAGCUCAACUAUAGAUUUCAUUUACGGACGUACAUUAUCUUUAAUGCGAAAAGCAGAAUCCCUGUUGGAAAAUGAAGCUACCGUUGACCAAAUUUGUCAACUGAAGGCUGAGGCUGAACUAUUAAAAGAGGCUUAUAACACGUGGCCAGAAACCGCACCUCACGCAUGGAUACCAAAACCAAUUGGCGUUAUUUCACCCAACAAUGAAGAGAUACUGCCCGAUGUAGGCUACUGGCCAACAACCAUCUUUUGUUAUUACGAUUUUUAUGUUGCUUCGUUAUGGAACAACUAUCGGAAAGCUGCUCUGUUGGUCUUAGAUGUCAUAUUAAGAUGCCACCGUCGAAUCAAUGGCUAUUUCAGCGACCAAAUAUUCCAAGAUUCAAUAGAGAAGGAUGCAACAAAACUAACAGAAGGAAUUGUUUCUUCAAUUCCGUAUCUUCUAUCAGAAGAUGUGGAGGUGUUUGUUGAAAACGCUGCCAAAGGAUCCCCUCUCAUUGUCCCCGGUCGACCAGUCGGGGGAUUGCUGUCGAUGCACACUUUAUUCGUUCUAUCAACAGUAUCUACGACCGAUGAGAAGCUAAAAUCUUACAUAAGGGACUGUUUGGCGUGGGUUGGUUCACGCAUGGGAAUCGCUCAAGCAACUGUCUUAUCCAAGUACACGACAAUGAAUCAGUUUCAGUAUGCCAUGGAAACGCGUGUAAUUGUCUGGGCAGGCAUGCUUAUAUGA